AUGUCUCAAGCAUGCUUCUCCGCAAGCACCUCCUCAUUCCGGACAUCACAGUCGCAAAACGCCCCCAUGUCCUAUUCAGACAAUCCUCUGACCCAAUUACCGACGGUAGACUUCAAUUUUGACGACCUGCGAAAGCGCAUGACCGAAUUCAGCUUAAAGUUUGACGCCUUCAUUGAGCGAGGCAGGAAACGAGUUCUUGAAGAGAGGAACGAGUUCCGCGCGCAUCUGGGAGAGUUGCACGAGGAGCAGCGAUCAGCAAAUACACAAAUCACAAGCCUACAGUCCACAUUGUCGACACAUAACCACGUCCUCGCGCGAGAACAAGCCGAAAAGAACGAGAUGCAUGCACAAAUCUCCAAACUGGAAGCUCACCAGGCCAACCAAGCCGCGGCGCGAGAUCGGCUGAAGAGCGCGAUUGCACAAACACAGCGGCAGAUCGAGGUCAAAUUACAGGCGCAGCGCGAAUAUGCUGCCAAAAUGGAUCAGCAGAGUCGAUUGAAUGGGCCGGAAUUGGGGUUCUGGGAAACACAUCUCGGCUGCCGUAUUGAAGGGAGUGGCGAUGAAAAUAAAGUCAAGAUCGUCUUUGUUUUUCCGCCUGUCAAGGGCGGGAAGGGGGAUGAAGAGAGGGAGGCGGUGUUCGAGUUACAGGUUCCUGCUACGGCGACGGGGAAGUAUGCUGUGGUACAUAUGAAACCGAGACUGGAUGGUGCGAAGGUGGAUAAAGUGGUCGACCGUUUGAAUUCGUCACGCGAGAUAGGGACGCUGUUGAAGGGGAUGAGAGUGUUGUUUGCGGAAGUGAUGAAAUGA